ACUUUUCGUCUGCUAUGACAACAUCCCAAUUCCCAUUUGAAAAAAAAAAGCAUGUGAAGUGUCAACACAUCAAACAUAAUCUAUUCAUGGCGUUAAUACGUUUAGCUCGUCUUGGUCGUAAACUGUAUUUCGAAGCAUGUAUUACAACGUAUGAAAAACAGUUUUCAUCAGUGUCAUUGAACCCAAUUCCUGGGCUAAAUGUUUACAAUUCCCUGUCAAAGAAAAAAUCACCAAUUUUUACAAAACACCCAAAUGUUCUGACCUGGUAUAUCUGUGGCCCAACAGUCUACGAUUUUUCACACAUUGGCCAUGCAUGGUGCUAUGUCAACUUUGAUAUUAUGAGAAGGAUAAUGGAACAAUACUUCAAUUUAAAUGUUGUCCAAGUCAUGAAUAUAACAGACAUUGAUGACAAAAUAAUUCAGAAGGCCAUUGAUGAGAAACUGGACUUCAAAGAAGUUUCAUCCAAGUAUGAAAUUUCAUUCUUAAAUGACUUGGAUAAUCUUUCAGUUCAGAGACCAAGUGUGUUGACCAAAGUGACUGAUUUCAUUCCUCAAAUAAUAUCAUUCAUUGAGACUUUGCUUCAUCAAAAACUGGCCUACACAACUAGUGAUGGAUCUGUCUACUUUAGUCUGAAUGCUUAUUCAAAAAAAUACAAAUAUGGUAAGCUAAAGCCCUCUCAGGUACCACUAAUGGAAGGGGAAAACCAAAAUCGAAGACCAAACCAAAAUGAAGACUUCGCGCUGUGGAAAGCAACCAAGUCUUCUUCAGAACCUAGUUGGAGUCCUAGCUGGGGAGGAAAGGGGAGGCCCGGUUGGCAUAUUGAAUGCUCUGCUAUGGCAAGUCACAUUUUUGGUUCCUGGGUCGAUGUCCAUUCUGGGGGGAUCGAUUUGCUUUUUCCUCAUCAUGAAAAUGAAGAAGCGCAAUGUUGUGCCUAUCAUGGAACUUCUCAGUGGGUUGGGCAUUGGAUACAUAGCAAUCUAUUACAUUUACCCAAUGGUGCAAAAAUGUCAAAGUCAUUGAAAAACUCUAUUACCGUGAGAGAGUUUCUAGAAACGUAUUCAGCUGAACAAUUUCGUAUGAUGUGCGUCGUAUCGAACUAUCGAAAUGGAAUGGAUUUUACUGAGGAUUCUUUAAGAUUAGCUAAAGAUAUGUUGGAUACGUUUCGUACGUUUAUCACAGAAUGCAGAUUUUAUAUCCGGAACAACUCUUCAUGUCAAUCAUCGAUUGAUUCAAACUUCUUGUUUUCCGCAUUAGAAGAAACUAAAUCCAAGGUAGAAAUUCACUUGGGUGACGACUUUAAUACAGCUGAAGCUACCAAAAUAGUUCGGAAGUUGGUACAAUUAACCAGAAAAGAAAUGAACGAUCCCAAAACCUUUAAUACCACGAAAUCCGAUUACGGAAUCGCGGCUGUGGCAAGCGUACAGCACUUUGUGUCUAAAUAUUUAAACACUCUUGGAUUCAAGUUGACUGACAUUUCUGUCAGUAGCGCUGAAUCUGAUUCAGCUUCAAUCAUUGAUGAUUUUGUUGGAUUUAGAAGUCAAAUUCGCCAACAUGCUUUAGCGAUAAAAAAGGGUGAUAAGGUGGACCCAAUGAAUACCAAGAAAAUUUUGUUAGCUGCUUGUGAUAAUUUAAGAGAAGAUUUGAAGCUUAAAGGAAUACAACUGAAGGAUCAUGAGAAAAAUACGACAUGGACGUUGACAAAAUAAUCGAAGAACGUUUUGUUAGCGUUACUUCUUCCACUUUGUAAAAGACGUUAUUGCUAAAAUAAUAGAGAUCAGUUGUAAUGUA